UCGCCAUUCAAGAUGGCGGCCAAAAAUGCAGGAAAUCUGGAAGGUUGCAACGUUUCUAUGAUCGUUCAGCAGUGGCAGAGUGCGUAUGAUCGAGGCCAGCUGAAGAACGCCCUGUACCAGUACUGGGCCCAGCAGGUGCCUAAGAUAUUCUUCACUUCGGCCGAGGUGGCCAUCAGCACACAGAGGACCCCCGACGCUGUUCAGGCAGAGGAGAAACUCUCAAGGGAUGUGCUGUUUGAGCCCCUGGAGUGGUUCCUGUGUGGAGGAAACCCCUCCGCAGUGUUCCAGCAGCUUCAGGCCCUCAACAACCCUCCCCAGCUCUGUGGCAAGGUCUUCAAAGUGGGCGAGCCAACGUACUCAUGCAGGGAUUGCUGUGCAGACCCCACCUGUGUUUUCUGUAUCGAGUGUUUUAACAAGAGCACCCACAAGUCCCACCGCUAUCGGAUGAGUACAUCCGGUGGAGGUGGGUACUGUGACUGUGGGGAUGUGGAGGCCUGGAAACAGGACCCGUGGUGCGACAUCCACAAACAGGGACUGGGACAGCAGAGCCAGAACCCAGUAGAGAAGCUUCCCAAAGAUGUGGCUGCCCGUGCCUGGGAGGUGUUGAAGAUAGCCCUGGGGUACGCUGUAGACAUGCUGCUGUGGGAACAGAUGGACGGACUACCACAGGAACUGGAGCCCAGUGUUCACCAGAAUACAUACGUGACAAUGCUGUUUAAUGAUGAGAUCCACACAUAUGAACAGGUCAUCAGCGCCUUGACAAAAGCCAUCAGCUGUCAGCAGAAGGAAGCAGUGGAGUUUGCUACUGUGGUGGACCGAGAGGGGAGAAGCUCUGUCAGAUAUGGCAACCGGAAAAGCUGUGACCAGGCCCGCUCUGUCAUUCAGGUCAUCAGCGCCUUGACAAAAGCCAUCAGCUGUCAGCAGAAGGAAGCAGUGGAGUUUGCUACUGUGGUGGACCGAGAGGGGAGAAGUUCUGUCAGAUAUGGAAACCGGAAAAGCUGUGACCAGGCCCGCUCUGUCAUUCAGAGAAGCACGUCACUGCGUUCCAAGCCCCUAAAGGUGGAGGUCAUGCACACGUCGGUGUGCGCUCACCAGGCAUUCGCACAGAAGGUGCUCAACUGGCUGGGACAGGUUGUCAACCAUUCAGAUGGUCUGAGACAUAUCCUGUGUUCCACCGCCCUGCAGCAGCCUCCUACAGGAGACCCGUGUGUGGUGGAGAGACUCAUGCUGGCAGACACUGCACUGUGGAAGACUGCUCGAGUCCAGUGUCACCAGAUCAUGAUGGGCAGCCUCCUAAUGGACCAGGAGAGCAAGAAACAAUUUUCUGUCCUAUACACAAGGAACUAUGCCCAGGUGCAGAAAGACUUCAUGGCUGAUGACCAUGACCACGGUGUGUCCAUCAUUUCCCUGUCUGUCCAGAUCUUCACUGUCCCCACCCUGGCGAGAUACCUGAUCAUGGAUCACGACCUGCUGGCCAUCGUGAUCCGGACGUUCCUGGAGCAGUGUGCCAGCUGCAGACACGGCAGGUAUCUACUGGACAGGGAGAAGCUGCAGAAAAACUUCAGGAGGCUGCAGUUCCCACUCUUGGACCUCAAGUAUGUGUUGUCCAUGGUACCAGACGAGUGGAAUGACCAGUUGAAGAAAAAGUUCUUGAACGGCUUCAAGAUAAUGGUGGAACUUCUUACCUCCAUGCAGGGCAUGGACACAGUGACUCGGCAGGUUGGCCAGCACAUUGAGAUGGAGCCUGAGUGGGAGUCGGCCUUCAACCUGCAGAUCAAACUGGCCCCUGCCGUGGCCAUGAUGGCUGGCUGGUGUGCCACUGAUAAAAUGGUGCUGAUAGAUGCUUUCAGAACUGCAGUGAAAGCUCUGCUGGAAAUCAGAGGCACCCCGGACACAGUCAAGAUGUGCAAGAGAAGAGUUUGUGAUCAUGAAGCCAUAGUUGUGGACUACACUGUGUCCAGAGAACCUGUCAGUAUCCACCUUCCCAUCUGCAGACUUCUCGCAGGACUGUACCUCCAGUUGGGGAGACAUGGUCUGACGUUCAACUCUCCCGAGCUCUACGGACCUCUGCAACCCCCCAGUGCUAUGGACUUGCUGGAGAAGCCAUUGAGAACCUUGGUCAUGAUAGCACAGGUGCACGCUGAGAUGUGGAAAAGAAAUGGAUACUCAUUGUUUCACCAGGUAUACUACUACCACAACGUCAGAUGUCGGGCAGAAAUGCAGGAUAAGGACAUCAUCAUGCUACAGGUGGCCUGUGCACAGAUGGACCCCAACCAGUUCCUGAUAGCACUCCUCAACAAGUUUGAGCUGAUGAACUGGAUCGAGGGAGACUUUGAUGACUUUAUUCGGUUAUUCUUUUAUGGUCGAAGGAGGGAUGUGACGGAGAAAGGCAGCUCUGCCACAGAUGUGAGUGCAGAAAGUACUAGGGACCUUCUAAGGUUCACCAAUAGCUUAGUGGAAGAGUUCCUCAACCUACUCAUUAUAAUCAUGGGUGAGAGGUACGUACCAGGUGUUGGACAGGUGUGUUCAGAGGACAUGGUGAAGAGAGAGGUGAUCCACCAGCUGUGUAUCAGCCCCAUGGCACACAGUGAUCUCUCCAAGGCCCUGCCUGAAAACAAUAAUUAUGAAACUGGUUUGGAAGGUGUGGUGCACACAGUCGCUUCAUUCAAGAAACCAGGGGUGACUGGUAUGGGUCGCUAUGAACUGAAGGCAGAGUUCUACAAGGACUACAAUCCGUUCUUCUACCACUACACCAGGGCCGACCAGUCCAAGUCAGAAGAAGCUCAGUUGAAGAGGAAAAAGCAAGAAGGAGAAAGUACUGCCUGCCCUCCGCCGGAGAUGCCUGCCCUGAGUAAGGAGUUCAGCAGCCUGGUGAAUGUCCUGGAGUGUGAUGUGUUCGUCCACACCAUUCGGACAGUCUUCCGUAGGGUCAACUCUUCCAGGUCCAGGUCAUGGACAGAGGCCAUGGUGCAUAGGGCCCUUCAUCUAGUUGGCAUGGCACUGAAUGAGGAGAAGAGACUGUACCAGACGAGCCCGUACAUACGCUUCAACUUUGUCAAGAAAGCUACAGAAGGGGGCUCUAGUAGCCUGUAUGCAGCUCUUCAUGACUUGCUGGGAAAGCCAAGGAUCCAGAACCAUGCAGAUCUCCUGACAUGGGUGAUUGAUAGAUUUGAUGAGGUUAAAGCUCUGAAAGAGCAGAAACCGGGAGCGAGCGACGCCCAGAAGGCCAAGAAGGUGUCCAGUAAGAGUAAGACUGACGCUGAGAGGAAGAAGAAGGCUGAGGCAGCCAGGAAGAGGAGGGAGAAGAUCCUGGCCCAGAUGUCAGACAUGCAGAAGUCCUUCAUCAGGGACAACCUGGAACUGUUCGAGGCCACGGGCACAGAUCUGUCUUCUAGUCCAUCCAUGGAAGUAGAAGGAAGUCCCCUGGUGGUCAGCAGCCAGCACCCGGUGGCGGUGGGUCCAGACAGGAGUCCGGCCACCCACGUAACGCUGACCACCUCCACCUGUAUCCUGUGUCAGGAAGACCAGGAGGUGUCAGCAGGGAACAAGUGUGUGGUGCUGGCAGCAUACGUACAGAGGUCUACCGCUCUAUCAAAAUCCAGAGGCAAGGGGUUAGAGGACCCAGAUAAGUACGACCCAUUGCUGGUGAGUCCAGACCUGUACCAUGGAGUCCACACCAGCACCUGUGGACACGUCAUGCACGCAGACUGCUGGCAGAGGUUUUAUGAAGCUAUCGUAGCCAAGGAGCAGAGGAGGACGAUGCGGUUUCGCCACAUCCUGAGCUACGAGGUUGACCGAGGGGAGUUCCUGUGUCCGCUGUGUGAAACCCUCAGUAACACGGUCAUCCCCAUCCUCCCACCUUCUACCACCAUACAGCCUGACACUGUGUCUGCAGACAUCAGUUUGAGUUUCAGUGACUGGCUGGACGGUCUACAGAAGACGGUGGAAGCAAGUCAACAGGCAGUCAUGAAGGAAGAGGAGGACAAAAUGGAGUCUUCAGAUGACUUGCCUGUACUGUCCCCCUGCCCUCUACCCAGUAUCACUAAGAACAUGGCAGAGAUGGCAGCACAGGGCUUCCAGCAACUGUUUGAGUACAUGACGGAAACAGGCGCCCAAGCCCAGUACUCUGACAGUGUGAAGGAAAUGAUGAAGCUGUUCUCUCGAGCCACCUACACGAACAUGCUGCAUGACCCGCCCCUUCCUACCAAGUUUGGACUGGGGCUGGAUCCUAACGAUGAUGAUGACAGGGUGCCUAUGACAGCCUGGGGAACGUGUGCCUACACGAUACGAACACUUGAAUGGCUACUUCGAGACGAAGGCAAACCACUGUUUGGAUCCCUGUCCUCCAGACAGGCUGACUGUAUAACAGCUCUGGUGAGGGUGGUGACGGUCAGUGGAAAUCUGUCCGACCCACAGACCAUUAGCAAGAGUGCCCUCAGGCUGCUGUCAGCAUUACUGCCCCAGGAGCCUAUGAAGAACAUCCCCUGUAUCCUAGACCUGGACAUGUUCUUCACACUGGUGUUCCUCCACGUGACUAUCCCCAGUCUGUACUGCAACGAGAACACCGCCGCAGGUGGCACCAUCAGGGGGGUGGCUCUGAACGACAAGCACCUGCUGCACCUGGUUACAGCUGCGCACCUGGUCCAGAUCCUGCUGGCUGCAAAUUUCAGCUCCGCAGAUGCUCCAAUGGACACAGAGGAGACAGCUGAAGGCAGUGCCUGGGUCAAACUGUUCAUGGCUGUCAGAAAAGAGGCAGGUGUGCAGACGGCUGUGGUCCCGUCUGGGUGGCAGCUGCAGACUUACAUCCGUGAGUCUGUCCUGCCCUUCCUGCGCUGCACUGCCCUGUUCUUCCACUGUCACACAGGAGUACAGAGUCCCGCAGAACUGCAAGAGAGUGGAGUCUCAGAAUUUGAACCCUUGGUCAGUACCUGGUCCUCUCCAAGACUUGACCAUCACUUUAAAUGGUGCAGAUAUCCUGGUGUGAAGGAGAGCCUGGCUUCAGGACCUGCAAGUCUGGUUAAAUACCCAGUUGAGGUAAACAAACUGGUCCCCCUGCCACAGGACUACAGUGACGUCAUCAACAGAGGAUCUGUCUUCACCUGUCCCAGGUCAGACGGUGAUGACAGCCGUGCACCCACCAUGUGCCUGGUGUGUGGACAGAUGCUGUGUUCUCAGUCCUACUGCUGUCAGACCGACCUGGACGGGGAACCUGUGGGAGCCUGUACAGCACACAUCUACACGUGUGGGGCUGGGGUGGGAAUAUUCCUCAGGGUGAGGGAAUGCCAAAUCCUCCUGCUCACCGGCAAGACAAAAGGUUGCUUCUACCCGUCACCGUACCUGGAUGACUACGGGGAACAUGACCAGGGACUAAGACGAGGAAACCCCCUGUACCUGUGUCAGGAGAGAUACAAGAAGUUACAGAAGAUGUGGUUGGCCCACUCCAUCCCUGAGGAGGUGGUGCACUUCAUGGAGGCCAAUGCCAGCUUUGCUACCAUUGAGUGGCAGCAUCUAUGAUCCCAGCCUCUGUAACAAGACUGUCAGUCCAUCACAAUUAACAGUUCAACCAAUGAGAGGACGGCAAUUAGCUGUUCGACCAAUGAGAGAGUGACUGCAUCUCCCUCCAUCAAAUGUUCACAUUUCUACAAAUUGAGGGAAGUGGGGUUGGUCUGUUCUACUUCUGUCCAUUUUCCUGCAAUGAUUACACUGCAUAGAUGUCAACGUCAUUGCAAUCAAGUUAGACUUUAGCAUGAUUUUAGGUGAAUGUUUUGCCUUGUUUUCUUUCUGUCCAUUGAUGUCAUGAUUUUUGCUUUCUUCCAGCUCCACCUUAAUUUUUUUCCUUCUGUCCUACUUGGAGUUAGACACAUUACCUGUGGGUAUCCCAUCUAGAAUUGCAUGAGGUUUUGAAUGGACGGUACACAAAAGAUUCUAUUACAUAGGGUUUAAAAGCUUCUUUUUACUAGACUUAGAGUAAUCCUAGAGGCAUUUAGAAAUCAGGUCACUUGGCUGAAUGGCCGAAGUCUUACAUGUCAUCGAGAAGGUUACACCUAUUAAUAAAAACUUUUAUAUCCGCGCUGGGCUAACAUGCCCUGUGGAUUAAAGAGGGUCACGGAACAUGUGUAACCUUUGUGUACAAUGUGUUCAUGUAUUACAUGUAAUUAUUUAUUCAGAAAGCUGUGGAUAAUUUCAACAGCUGGCCGGAAUUCGGACGAAAUUUGACAUCCUGCCAUGGCCAGUUUCGAAGGUAUAAGUCAGUUCACAUUUUAAACUGUGCAUUCACAAAUUUAAAGGUGGCGGCCCUUAACUUGCUAACGUUUUUUGUCAGUGUUCAAGCCAGCCUUAAUUUUUUUUCUGUCAUCUUUAUGAUAAGUACUAUUGUCAUAGCCAAACAGUCCGAUUUCUUGCUAGGUGCAUGCUACCCUUGGAAAACUCUUUUAAAUCUUGACACUAUUUUCAGGAAUUUUGAGUGGCAAAUUUUGCUAGUUGACUACAUGUAAGCUUAGUCUUAUGACAUCUCUUUCCAUUACUCUCCAAGCAGAGGUUGUUGGGGAAUGAUCGUUACCUUUUUAUAUAUCGCAGGGUUUUUUUUGUCGGUAUCCCCGUCGUUGGCCGCGGACCUUCUCUGGCUAAUGGAUACUGCCUGGCCAAUUUGAUACUGUCUUUUUGCCACCGAUAGGGAUCUGCUUGGAGAUUAUCUUUCCAUACCCUUUCGUCCAGCAAAGAUGACAAAUUUGCCAACCAUCGUAAGUGGUAAAAUUGAGAAGACAGACGCUGGUCAUGGCUAGAAUGUUCUUUAUGCCUGUCCAGAUGUGUUUUGUUUAUGUCUCAGGGGCCUUCAAAUUUGACAUAUUACCCACAAAGCAUCACACUUGAGAAUGCACAGUUCAAACCGUGCAUCGGCUUAUUGUAAACAUAUGAUACAUACUGCUGGCUCAUAGAAACUACAAGGAAAAAUGAUUUUAGAAAGAGGAGAGGAAUGGGUAUGGAUAUCGUGCACAUGUCAGUAUAAUUCAUGAGGGGCACGGGUGGAAUUUGGAUACCUUCCAACCCAAAUAUUUAGAUAUGAUAUUAACUUGUAU